CUGAUGCUGCGGGGGGAGUUAAUCGACUACAGCGCAUGCGCAGUGGGGUUUGCAACAUCUGUCACCACAUCUUUUGUUAGUACAGAUUCAUUCAACGAGCUCUUCCAAACCUUCCGGAAAUACGCAGCAGUAAGGGUUUGCCUCAACAUGACAUCACGUGCUGGUCUCAGACCAGGUGGCACCAAUGGAAGUGAAUUCAAGUACAAAGAGAGGGUGUCGGUCCCACAAUACCAGAUGAGUGUUCCCAUGAAGUCAGAGGUGCGGAAGUUAAACCUGGUCCAUUUCCUGCUCUGGCUGCUGGUGGCGGCACAAGUGACUGUCAGCCACUUCAACCUGGUGUCCCAUGACAUAGUGUCCAUGCCGUACCAGUGGGAGUACCCCUACCUGCUCAGCCUCCUGCCUCUGUUCUGCAGUGCCCUAUCCCUUCCAAAGAACAAUAUAAGUUACCUGGUCUUAUCCAUGAUCAGCGCAGGGCUGUUCUCUGUGGCACCACUCAUUUACGGUGGAAUGGAGAUGUUUCCUGUGGCGCAGCAGCUCUACCGCCAUGGAAAGGCCUACCGCUUCAUUUUUGGCUUCUCUGCAGUGACUGUUAUGUAUCUCAUCAUGGUGGUUGCUGUUCAAGUACACGGCUGGCAGUUAUAUUACAUGAAGAAGCUGUUAGACUCUUGGUUUGACUCCACUCAGGAAAAGAAGAAGAAGUAAUCGAGUGAAAAAGCUGUGACUGGGAAAAAACUGUGUUUUUAACUUAAUUUAUUAAUCUUAUUUAAGUCUAUUUAUAUAUAAUUAAUUUCAUGAAACAACAUACAUUAGAAACCAGUUUCUUCUGUACAGGAACCUGGCUUAUUUAUUAUUACUUUAAAUUGUUUUAUUUUUGUUCAUCAUAAUUUAUUUUGAGUGGCAAGAAGACACAAUGAGGAGUGGCAUCAAAGCAACAUCCAUAAACAUGGAAUACCAUCUACUUUCCCCCCUUCAUCAUCAGCUUGAAUCUAAAUUAAGACAUUGGUCAAUUAGGAAAAGGGAUGUUAAGUAAUCUCUCUAAAAAUUAUGUGAAGUGAAUUCAAGAAUUGCAACUGGGAGUGAGACACUUUUUGUAUACCAUUUACAGAGCCAGGGCUGUGUACAAACACCAGAUUUGUUUUCAGCACACACUGAAUAUAUAUUUCUAGCAAGGAGGAGGGUUUUGCUGAAUUUGACAAAAAUAUAUUGGAUUAGAAUUGCUGACUCUACCUUUAAAGGAACUAGGUUUAUUGCUACAGAUGUGCUGAUGCUGUUUCUUCUGUAAGUCUACCUCUCAUAUUACCUGCUUUCCUGAAUGCAUUUCAGCUAUUAAAACAUAGAGAUGGUGAUAAGAAUAGCUGCCUGUACUGAUAUAUUUUCAUGUUUUCUCAUUCAGCAUCAGAAAGACAGCUCAUUACUCCUGUGUUUCGGAAUAAAAUAUGCAUUAUAAAGCGU